GGGAAAAAAAGGCAGAGGAGAGCGCAGCGCUUCAGUGUGUGGAUACGCGGAGAUAGGUGAUGGUUAGGGGAGAUGUGAGCGGCGUCGGCCUCAGCUCUCCAAAGCUGGCUGGGAGAGGCGUGGCGCACUCUGCCCCUCCAGACCGAGAACCACCUGUAUGGAUGAUCAGACCUCCAGCGUGAUCCAGCCCCCAUCGUCCGCCAGGCACACGGGCAGCGACGCCACAGAGAGCCGGGGUUAUGCCGAGGUGGAGCACGGCGUCAUGACGGUGGAAAACAUACUGGAGGAGUCCGCCGUGCUCUCGGCGCCUCACCUGUCGGUGGAUCGAUACGAGCGCGGCCGGCAGGGAUGCUGCGAGAGGGUGGUGAUCAACAUUUCGGGUUUACGCUUCGAGACGCAACUCAAAACUUUUAACCAGUUCCCAGACACGCUCCUGGGGGACCCCAGGAAAAGGAUGCGCUACUUUGACCCACUGAGGAACGAGUACUUCUUCGACAGGAACAGACCGAGCUUUGAUGCCAUCCUGUACUACUACCAGUCAGGGGGGCGCAUCCGGAGACCUGUUAACGUCCCCAUUGAUAUCUUCUCCGAGGAGAUCAGGUUUUAUCAACUCGGAGAGGAGGCCAUGGAGAAAUUCCGGGAUGAUGAGGGGUUUAUAAAAGAAGAGGAGCGCGUACUGCCCAAAAAAGAUUUCCAAAAGCAGGUUUGGCUUUUGUUUGAGUAUCCUGAAAGCUCUGGACCGGCCAGGGCCAUAGCUAUCGUCUCAGUGCUGGUUAUUUUGAUUUCAAUUGUUAUAUUCUGCAUGGAGACUCUGCCGGAAUUUCGGGAUGAGAGGGAUCAAGCUACAGUGGCACCCACGGUCAACGGCACUGCUCCCUCCGUGCCCAGCCCGUUCACAGACCCUUUCUUUGUCAUAGAGACCCUCUGCAUCAUAUGGUUCUCUUUCGAGCUGCUGGUCAGGUUCUUCGCCUGCCCCAGCAAAACUUCCUUCUCCAAAAACAUCAUGAAUAUCAUUGACAUCGUCGCCAUAAUCCCCUACUUUAUCACUUUGGGGACCGAGCUGGCCGAGAGGGAAACCAACGGCGGCCAGCAGGCGAUGUCCCUCGCCAUCCUGAGGGUGAUCAGACUGGUGAGGGUCUUUCGCAUCUUUAAGCUGUCGCGUCACUCAAAGGGACUUCAGAUUUUGGGGCAGACCCUUAAGGCCAGCAUGAGGGAGCUGGGCUUGCUCAUAUUCUUCCUUUUCAUCGGAGUUAUCCUCUUCUCCAGCGCGGUUUACUUCGCAGAAGCAGACGACCCCUCAUCCAGCUUCACCAGCAUCCCAGAUGCGUUUUGGUGGGCAGUGGUCACCAUGACCACAGUGGGAUACGGGGACAUGCAUCCGGUGACCAUUGGUGGGAAAAUAGUGGGGUCUCUGUGCGCAAUAGCAGGCGUGUUGACCAUUGCCUUACCCGUGCCGGUGAUUGUGUCCAAUUUCAACUACUUUUACCACAGGGAGACAGACGGAGAGGAGCACCCACAGUACGUGCACACCAGCAGCUGUGAGCACCUCCCCACGGAGGAGCUGAGGAGGUCGUGCAGCUCCUCGUCCCUCAGCAAGUCCGAGUACAUGGUGAUAGAGGAGGGCAUCAACAGCGCCUUCAAACAGCCCAACUUCACCACCGAGAACAACCAGAACUGCGUGAACAUCAAAAAGAUCUUCACAGACGUGUAAAUGAACCCAGAAUGGAUCAUUUAUGGAGCAUGAAGACAUAGUAGCUAUAAUAUUAUUUUUUAUAUAUAUAUAGCCGGUCGUAAUGUGUCAGUCCAUAUCCGUGGAUGAACGUGCGUAAAUGUCCUUUUUAACAAGUCAUUGAUAUACUUUUAAACAUAUAAGCAGGAGAAACUCUGAUUCUACUUGUUUCCAGUGUAGAUUCACAUGUUUUGAGUAUUUCUCAGAUUAUAUAGUAUUAAUAUGUCCCAAAAAUUUGCACUGGAAAGUAUUUAUGUCGUGUAAAAUGAAUAGACAUGUAAGAGGCUUGUUAAAACAGACAUUUCUUGCAGUGUAUAGUGCCACACGAUGCCUACAUAUCUUGGUGUUCAUGCGAAAGUUGUUGGUGUUCAUGAUUGGGAUACACGUGUAGGAUAUAGUCGACUAUAUUGCAUUUACCCACCAGUCAACAAGAAAAAAAAACGUCUUGUGCUUCGUGGAAAGAAAAGUUUCAUUGUCCAGUAAUGUAAUGAAUAGACUAUGGUAAUUUAUAUAGCCAAAUGCCUGUCUAGGUUAUAUUUAAUAUCAUAAGCUGCUGAGAUGUUGGACUGAGUCUUGUUCACAUGAUUAUUCAGGUAAUAACACACAGAGUGGUGUCGGUGGAAACGCUUAUCUUCAGAUACAAGUGGAGCUUUUUCGUCAAAUUGUAUUUUUAUUCAGAUCUGCCUAUAUA